AUGAUCAAGGCUACGCCAGAAGCUGCGGCGAAGGAGUUUGCGGUAGUGGAUGUGCGGAGUGACGACUUCGUGGGCGGCAACAUCGUCGACUGCGUCAACUCGCCAGCGGAGACGUUCCACGUGGACGUGGAUGGACUCGUCAAGAAGCUAGAUGGCGUCCCAAAAGUGAUCUUCCACUGUGCGCUAUCUCAGCAGCGAGGGCCAAAGUCCGCUAGACAGAAGAAGGCGCAGGAGGUAUACGUCCUCCGAGAUGGCUUUACCGGUUUCCAGCAGAAGUUCCGCAAUGACCCGGCUCUCGUCGAGAAGUUCAACAAGAAAUACCACGACUGA